CGCACCCUGAAUGGGGCGUGUUGCUGUGUAGUGUGGUCACCUGACUCUUGAGCGGGUCAUGUGGCGUUCAGAGUCCGCUGGAAUACCAGGGAGAGUCGAGACUUGACGGUGGUCUCUCGUCCCGGCUUUUGUGUGUCCCGGUCAGACUUCCAGCAUGGCGUGGACCAAAUACCAACUGUUCCUGGCGGGACUUAUGCUGACAACCGGCUCUAUUAACACGUUAUCGGCCAAGUGGGCGGACAUGUUCAGUGCACCGGGCUGCCAUGGUGACCCUAAUCAUACAUUCUCCCACCCUUUUGUCCAGGCAGUGGGCAUGUUUCUGGGCGAGUUCUGCUGUCUGGCCGUCUUCUACAUCCUCCUCUGCCACGACCGUCGCAGCCCCGAGCCCCAGAUGAACCCAGGCCAGAGCUUCAACCCGUUCCUGUUCCUCCCCCCCGCCAUGUGUGACAUGUUGGCCACCUCCACCAUGUACGUAGCUCUCAGCAUGACCAGCGCCUCCAGCUUCCAGAUGCUCCGCGGCGCCGUCAUCAUCUUCACGGGGCUACUUUCUGUGGCGUUUCUCAGGCGACGGCUGUUAACCAGCCAGUGGGUGGGGAUCCUCACCACCAUCCUGGGCCUGGUGAUAGUGGGCCUGGCCGACUUCCUCAGUGGACACCAAGACGACACUCACAAACUCAGUGAUGUCCUCACAGGAGACCUUCUGAUCAUCUUGGCUCAGGUCAUAGUCUCUGUGCAGAUGGUCCUGGAGGAAAAGUUUGUCUAUAAACAUGAUGUGCAUCCUCUGCGAGCCGUUGGAAUUGAAGGUUUCUUUGGUUUCUUCGUCCUGACGUUGCUGCUCAUCCCCAUGUACUUCAUCCACGUGGGCGAGUUCAGCGACAACCCCCGCCAGGUCCUGGAGGACGCGCUGGACGCCUUCUGUCAAAUCGGCCACCGGCCGCUCAUCCUGCUGGCGCUGCUGGGCAACACGGUCAGUAUCGCCUUCUUCAACUUCGCCGGCAUCAGCGUCACCAAGGAGAUCAGCGCGACCACGCGCAUGGUGCUGGACAGCCUGCGCACGCUGGUCAUCUGGGCGGUGAGCCUGGCGCUGGGCUGGGAGAAGUUCCACGGCCUGCAGGUGCUGGGCUUCUUGGUCCUGUUGACCGGCACGGCGCUCUACAACGGACUGCAUCGCCCCCUGCUGGCCAGGAUACCGUGCUGCGCCGGGCUGGCCGGCAGAGAGGAGGAGGAGGAGGAGAGCAGUGCGGGGGAACGGGAGAGACUGCUUGGCGACGGUUCGGUGCAGGCACCCGAUCAGAGCUAAAGUAGCAGCUGCUACACUUUGCACAAAGUCCAAAACACUGCAACUUUUAAUCGAAUACAACUUUUUACUCCACACUGCUGUACUUUCCUUUUACAAAAAUUUUUUAUUUUAUUUUUUUUUUUUUAGAAUAUUUUUUAAAGUAUCCUGACAUAUUUUACUCAGUGUUUUUAAAAUGUCUUUUAAGUAUCCCGACUUAUUUUACUCAGAAUUAUUUGUUUUAAUUAUCUUGACUCAUUUUACUCAGAUUUGUUUUUAGAAUAUUUUUUAAGUAUCCUGACUUAUUUUACUUAGUUUAUUUUCAAAUAUUUGUCAUUAUCUUGAUUUAUUUUACUUAUAUUUUUUUCCAAAUAUUUUUGAGUAUCCUGACUUAUUUUACUGAGUUUUUUUUCAAAUCCAUCCAUCCAUCCAUUUUCUACCGCUUGUCCCUUUUUGGGGUCGCGAGGGGUGCUGGAGCCUAUCUCGGCUGCAUUCGGGGUACACCCUGGACAAGUCGCCACCUCAUCGCAGGGCCAACACAGAUAGACAGACAACAUUCACACUCACAAUAUUUUUUAAAUAUCCUGACUUAUUUUACUCAGAAUUACCUUCUUUUUUUUUUUUUUUUUAAGUAUCGUGUCGUAUUUUACUCAGAUAUUUUUAGAAUAUUUUUUAAGUAUCCUGACUUAUUUCACUCACAAUUAUUUGUUUUAAUUAUCCUGACUAAUUUUACUGAGAUUUGUUUUUUGUAAUAUUUUUUUAAGUAU